AAGAAUGCACCGGCUUUGACUCGGUUGUUGUAGCAACCGUCUUAGCAGCGUGAGCAUCUCCUGGCUGUGUCGGAUGUAAUAACUGUAGUAAUUAGCUUAAUUAAAUAUUAGUAGAGGUAGCGAUAUGUUCGAUAAAAUCAUUUUGUCUUCGUUUAACGUUCAACGUCGUUUAUGUUUCUUUGGAUAAAGGUAUCUUCAUUGUGCAGUUAGCUCAGUGAGCAGCAUGUGCUAACCUAACACUGGUUUAGUUAACUGUGUGGCUCAUUUAAAGUGCAGUAAAUAACGUUGCAUUUGUUUGCGCAUUGUAUGUUAUUAUAUACUACUGAUUUAGUGAAUAGCUCCUCAGUAUGUCGGCUGUCAGCAGCCUCGUCCCUGCACGGUUCUUGACCAUCACAGCUCACCUUGUCAUCGUUAUCACUAUCUUCUGGUCGAGGGAAAACAACGUGAAGGCUUGCUUGCCUUUGGAUUUCACUCAAGAGCAGUAUGACGAUGAAGACAAUAAGUUGGUGGUGGCAUUGGCAGUCACCCUCGGUCUGUUUGCUAUAGAGUUGGCUGGGUUCUUCUCAGGAGUGUCCAUGUUCAACUGCAGUCAAGGUCUCCUGUCACUGGCUGUCCACUGCAGCGCAUCCGUAUCCUUGUCUUUCUUUGUGUUUGAGAAGUGGGAAUGCUGGACAUAUUGGGUUAUUUUUGCUGUCUGCAGUGUGCUACCCGCGUUUGUGGAGAUUCUUCUGUUUAUAGCUGUUUUUGGAAUGAAGAAGAAGCCUUUAUGAAAGACGGUCCUGAUGUGAAAUGCUACAAUUAGCAUGGAUGAUGACAUUUGUCUCACUGCAUCAACAGAUACUGUAGCUACAGAAGGUCUGUGAUUCAUAAUUAAUGUGCAGAGGAAUGAACUGUAAAAAAAUGUUUAACUGAUUUAUGUGCAUACCGUGCACCAACAAACAUCACAGGGAUAUUCAAGCCACUCUCUGUCCAUAAUGUUUUUUUAUAUAUUCUGUAGAUGCAGAAAAGGCAGUAACUUUGUUAAAAAAUAAGUGCUUAUUUGUCAUUAAACAUUGAUGGGGUUUUCUGUUCUCAGUCUAUCGGUCAAAUUCCCAUGGAAAAUGUUAGAAUGCUAUUGUAAUCCCAAAUACAUUUUGUACAAAUUCUUUCUUAAACUGUUGAUGGUUGUCAA